CCAGGGAACAACGUUUGAGGUGGACCUACAAGCUCUCGUCGAAGUGGCGCUAAUUAUUCUAUAGACUUACUUAUUGUAUGAAAAUUUUUCUACUUAACACUUAUUGAAACGGUCAAUAAACUACAUUCACGAGUUAGAUGUGUUGGUGAAUUAUAUAAACUUUACACACUGUUUUUAUGUAUCAGUGAAUAGUUUGAAAGUUUUUAAAUGUUUGAAUUUACUGUUCUUUGUUUAUCUGUGAUGUGAUAAAGUUGGUUGGCUUAUAUUGAAACAAAUUGGUACAAACAAGAAACGAUAAAUAUGUAAGUCACGACGUCGAGGAUGUUCAACUCUAGUGAGUCCUUGCACCAAGACAUAUACAGCGGGGCCUGCACCUCGCAGGAUUGUCACAAAAAUGCUUCUGGUCACUAUAACGAGUCCCAACUUUUCAAUGACAGCUGGCAAGAAACUUGGGUAUGCGCGUACGAAGCGCCUACCGAGGACUUUGUCUCGUCACCACUGUUUCAAAUGUUUGUCUACGUCAUGUACAGUACUGUGUUCCUUGUGGCCCUCGUGGGCAACGGACUUGUGUGCUUCGUAGUGCACACCACGCCGCGAAUGAAAACUGUUACGAACUUCUUCAUAGUUAAUUUAGCUGUCGGUGAUAUUUUUAUGUCUCUGUUCUGUAUACCGUUUUCUUUCGUUUCCAUGUUGGUGCUUAGGUACUGGCCGUUUGGCGGUGUGAUGUGUAAAGUAGUGAACUAUUCUCAAGCUGUGUCGGUGUUUGUGAGUGCGUAUACGUUGUUGGCUAUAUCGAUAGAUCGGUAUAUGGCCAUCAUGUGGCCGCUGAAGCCGAGGCUGGGGAAGGCCGCGGCGAAGAUGGUGGUGGCGGUGGUGUGGCUGGGCGCGCUGGCCACUGCAGCGCCGAUACUCAUUGUGUCCACGCUGCAAAGACCGUCUCCGUGGCAUGAAGUUUGUGAAGUUGACAUCUGCGGGGAGAAAUGGGCGAGCAACGAGCAGAGCGAGCAGUACACGUGCGCGCUGCUCGCACUGCAGUUCGUGCUGCCCCUGAGCGCGCUGGUGUGCACGUACGCGCGCAUCGCGCACGUCGUGUGGGGGGGCCGGCCGCCGGGGGAGGCCGAGACUCUCCGCGAUUCCCGGUUGCAACACUCCAAACGAAAAAUGGUAAAGAUGAUGGUCACGGUUGUCGCUGUAUUCACCAUUUGUUGGCUUCCACUAAACGUCUUCAUAAUACUCUGGCAAGUCCACGGAGCUGACGAAGCGUGGGCGGCGUGGCCGGGCAUGCCGUUCGUGUGGUUCGCGUCUCAUUGGCUGGCGAUGUCACAUUCCUGCUACAACCCAAUUAUUUACUGCUACAUGAAUGCUCGUUACAGACGGGGUUUUAAACAGGUUAUAAGUGGAUGGAUAUGCCUUAAAUGGAAGGAAUCGCGCCGCUCGUUCCAACGCUCAAGCAUCUGUGAUGGUGUGCCUUUGUCCGAAAUGGUCGGCGUGCACGGCAACAAUUCGAUGAGUAGACGGGGAACUGGUUGUAAAUGUACUCCACCCGGCGCGAGUAGUGGGGUAGCGUGUGCGAGCUGCUCGUCACAGCGACACUUGAAGACCAUCUUCAGCAGCUCGACCAGGUCGGCUCCUGCACAAGCCUUGUCCGUUCGGUCACAUUUUUCGUAAAUUUCCAGUUCUUUUAUUUUAAAAUCGUAUGACUUGAAGCGGUUUGACCGUCUUUUGCGCAUCUAAUUUUGAGUUUAUGUGAUAAACGUUAGUAGUACCUACAUAUUACAAUACAUCAUAACAUGUAUAAUUAGUUCGAGCGAAGUAUUUUUUUAACAAAUUAAAGUAAAUAUUAUUUAUUCUAUUUUUGUGUGCGACAAACAAUAUAUAAAUAUAUAAUAAAACUUAGCGCGCUAUGUCUGCACAUAGAAGAUAUUAAAGAAAAAUAAAUUAGAAGCCAAUGUAUUUUUUUGAAUUUUUGUCUUUCUGUCUGUCGAUAUGUUUGUUCACGCAUCACACAAAAAUUACUUGAUGAAAUUUGAUGCAGUUUUCACAGUUUUAUAGCAGAUGAUCUAAAUUAUAUAUAUACAUUAGUAUAUAUAUUAAAAUAUAUAUAUACUAGGUUUCCACGUGAUACGUUGUUUAGAACCCGAGAUAUUGUCAAAAUAAGUUAUGAGCGGACGCACGCAGAAGCUAGUACAAUAAACAAUAUUGUGUUACUAUAGACUUCUUUAGAACAGGCUGAUAUUUAUUUGUCUUUUUCGAUGAAUUUCCAUUCCAUGUUUCAGUUACGUUUUCGACGCAAAUUAUACUGUUGUUAGAGACAACGAAAAAUGCAAUAUUGUUUUAUGAGAACACCAAAUAAUGAAGGUAGGUUAACCUGUUACUUGAUUGAUCUAUUUUCUGCUUGCAUUGGCGAAUAAAUCUUGUGUUUUGACGUGGCCCUCAUCUCACUCAUAAUACGGUUACUCUUAAUACCCAUCGAAACUUUUCGGCCACCCUCCGUGAUUCGUUCACAUUAUUCAGAAAGAGGCCAAAGUGUGGAGUGCACUGAUCUAAAAGUAAUGAGGAUUUUGUGUAAAGUUUAUGAAGAGGAUACAGUUGCCGCUGGAACUUGACUUUCCUAAAUCUUGAGACUGACUAAAAAUUCUUGAAAAACAACCUAUUUUGGGUUCAGUGCACGUACAAGUAUCUCUAUAAUAGAUCGGGAUUUUCUUCGGUCAUGCCAUGACUUUAUAACGACUCCAUCAUUUUAGUCAUAUAUUGUAUUUUUGGUUUAUGUAGAAUGCAUAGAUUUAUAUUAGAAAAUAGAAAUAGAAAGGCGACGAAUUCGUUAAAUACUACGUUAUAUAAGACUUUUUCAUCUCAUCGAACCUGUUACAAAACUCUUUUUUUAGGAAUCAUCCUCCUAUCUCUAAUCUCAUCCUCCUCCAAAAUCCUCUUAACGUAUUGUAUACUAAGCGAUAUACAUAAAUAGUUGAUGUUAAUAAGGUGAUUGGUGUUAGCGUUUCCUUUUAGGAUAAGAACGAGAGAAAUGACUGACCAUUGAUGGCGAACAAUCAUCAUGAGGUAACGUAAGAUGGGUGCACGCGGGAAUGCUUACAUUUGGUAACUAUUUAAAUGAGAUUGUAUCCCGAUUAUGUAUAUACUGUUCGUUAGUAAAUUAUCUUUCGAUGUUUGUUUGAAAAAAAUGUAUGGAUUAUAGAGAAAAUUGCGUAUUAUUUCAGGAUACCAUAGAAAUGAUAACAAUGAGAAUAAUAAUAUGUCACGAUGGUCAUUAAACAUCGUAAGUACUCAUAAUUAAGAUAUCUAUGUACAUUCAUACGCUAUUAUAAAAAUGAAAUUAUAUUUUUUUAUAAGUUUUACCCUGAACCGAUUCUACAAUUGGAACAAAAAAUUCCGCCAAAAAUAAAAAUCUCCUUAAAUGAAUUUUUAACACACCACCGAAAUUGAUUUUAAAUCUAUAGAAUAUUUUUUGCACUAGAUAUUAAAAUAUGCUAGUUGGACACGCCGAAGAUUCCGUAAAUUCCAUUAUUCUAUUACGAACUUACAUAUUUUUAGUUUUUGUCCUUUAUCGGUAUUGUAAGUUUUAGUAGUAGUAGUAGCAGUAUUAAUUCCAUUGUAAAAUCACAAAAUAUGCAACAUAUUUUUUCACAACUUAAAGAGAAAAAUUAUAAUUUUAUUUAUGAUUGUGAAUUGUGAUACUUAUUAGGUUUCUUUUGACAUACAUGCAGGUUUGUGAAGAACUUCGUGUUUGUAUGUAUACAUUUUUGUUUUUAGGGUUCCGAAGUAAAAGAGGCAGGAACUCUUUAGUUUCGUCAUAUUUGUGCGUCCACCAUCGGUUUUGCUCAGAGACUAGUAAUACUAAAAAACUGUAAAACUUGGCAGAAAUAUACACUUUAAUCACGUGGAAACGAAAUUUUUUUGAGGUACCUCUACUACAUCUAAAGAGGGACACUUUUUUCUUUCGAUUAUCCUGACAUCAUGAGUUGUCAUUUGAUAGGUCUUUAAAAAUAUGUGUGUUCAAAGACUUUCUCUGAAAAUCUUUUGGUUUUUAUAAACCAACCAACCAAUCAAUCGUUUGCGAAAUAGUUUACUUAAGACAACAACAUUUUGUCCGAGACAUGUGUUCUAUCUUAUAUCUGGUAACCAGUGAUUAGUGGACACUUGAAAAAAUUCACGAUGGUAGGAAAUAUAAUGAAUUUUAUAGGAAAACUAUCACUACUAUGUAGGCUUCACACGAAGUAACUAAUCUUAAAAAAACAAUUUUUCAAUUAAGUUUAAAAACAAAUUUUAUUUAGUUUUCAGAUAGUAUUAAAUAGACUAGGUGUAAUAACAUGUUCAAAUCUUCGUUAUCUAUAUAUAUCUGGAAUUAAAUGUGGAAGUAUCUGUUAUUGUAUGUCGUAUGAUAUGUACUACAUGUGAAGAACAUUAUUCGGAACCCUAAAAUUGUGCGUGGCCCGACACGCACUUGACCAGUUAUUUUUAAUUGUCUUUUUCAUUAUGUUUAAUAAAGGUGUGUCUUGAAUAAUAAAUAUCAAUAAGGCUUUAUCAUUGUUUAUAUACUAGAGAAUUCUUUCCGAAAGAUUUAUGCUAAGCCUUUGUUUUACCCACGUAUAAUUUACCUGUCUUACAAAAUACCAAUUUAUUACCUAGUUCAGGUGUAUGAAUGUGUACGUGUUUUGCUUAUUGUGAAAAUGAAGAACGAUUUCGAUCAAACUUCCUCUAACGUCUUUAUUUGUAUUUGUAAGAAGAAAAUCAACAAAAAUACGUAUAAAAAGUUUUUACUUUCCAAAAUCGUUUGGUUGUCGGAGACUCCGAUUCGAUACUUUUAUUUGUAUUUUCACUUUGUAAGUAGGUAGUUUGUUUUUCAUAUGUAUCUUCUAUACCCAUAGCAUGUACAAAAGGUAUCAAGAUGGAAUCCUACUCGUGUCACAUGAUUUGUAUACCAAUUUAUUCACGAAUUGUUUAAUGAUUGACUAUUUAAUUCACGUGACUAUCAUCCUUGUUUGCUGGUUGUUUGUUGCUAAAGUCAUGUCAGCAGCAUUUAGGCUCCGCAGUGUUAGCAUAACAACUUCGAUAAGAUGAUAGAAGUAAGUGUAAAUAGACCUGAAUCACCUGGAUAUAGGUUACAAGGGUUCAAACAGGGUGAAUUGAGUUUACGUCUGAGCGGAGUUCAUCGAGUUCACUCCGCCCAUGCUUGAACUUUUCGAAUUUCAAAGUUGUAUACUUUUUUCUCGUGACUGUACUUAAAUGUAUUAAAUACAAUUGUACGCACUUAAUUAAAUAAUUGAAUGUUUUUGUCGUUUUAUUGCUAAUUAUUAUUAUUAUGUCGUCUCUGGAGGUAAUUUUUUUGCAGCUGCAUUGGGACAUAUAAGAAUG